AGUCUCACUAUGCUUGGCCUGGAACUACCUAUAUAGACAACACUGUUGUGGAAAUUAAAUAAAAACAUGACUGCUUCUAGGUGUGGUGGGGGAGAAAGUUUAUUAUAGAUGGGAAAGCAUAGCCAGAGUCAGACCCAGGGACAUCUGGUAAAGUCCAGAGUGGACAGGUCCCUUGAGUCAUGUGACAAGAGAGGGGAGGGGAAGGGAGAAAGGAGAGAGCAAGGCACAGGCAGCCCAGCCCCAGGGCUGCAGAGUUCUGGGUAGGGGGCGUUGGACUGCGAGGCAGGAGGGCCCUGUAACAGGUAGACUGUGAGACGCUGGGAGAACCUGGGGCCAGGUCCCCUUCAAUGUGUUAAAUAGGCUCCUUGAUCAUUUGUCCUGGGUUUGAAACCAGACAAGUCCGUCCCCUUCCCCUGGGCCUCCAGAGCACUGGGGCUAAAACUUCCGAGUGGGUGCCACCACUCUUGUCCGUAUAUCCCAGUAUGGUUGUUAUGUUAGUUUGUUUGUGUUUUGAGACACUGUAACCAUUUUGUACUAGCUGGCCUGCUGCUCCCCAUGUAGGUAGGGGAGGCUGACACUGAACUCACAGAGCUGCCUGCCUCUGCCUCCUAAGAACCAGGAUGAAAGAUGUGCACUACCACGCUUGCCCUUUAUCCCGGUUUGAAUCACCAACACUAUCCAGCAGAUCACACAGUGAUAGACAGCCCAGGUUACAGAAUGGCUAAGAAAUGGUUGAAGAGGCUGCAGAGAUCACAGCCUGUCCUGAAGUCACAGGCAGAGAGAGAGCUGAGGCGGGGCUAAGGGGAAGUCUGUAGGGACCAGAUCAGAAGUGCCAGCAGUGCAGGUCAGAGAUGCCUGCGUAAACUGACACAUGACUGUUCUCUGGUAUGAUUAAAGGGAAGGUUUUUAUUGUAGACCUGAGAGAGAACAGCCUGGGGCAUCUGGAAGAGUUCAGAGCAGGGAGAGAAAGUAGACUGGACAUGGCCAGCAGACCGGACAUGGCCAGGGUUAUCUGAGAGAGAGGGGAGAAUAAUGGAGUUACAGAAUAGAGAGACCAUAGUGAGAGAAGCGGGAUCAUAGCAUAGAGAGAGAAAAUUCCCUGCAAGAAUAGCUGGUUUAGAGGUUCAGUGGAGGAAGGGAAGCCCAUGAACUGCAGGAAGUUUAGGAUAAGGGAGGUGGUGGGGAUCAGAUGCUAGCUUGGACUUUGAAAUGUGUAACAGGUACUUAGGACACCAGCAUGCCUUUCAUAUGCUAAUAGUGCAACAGGCAACCAGACGCCUGCCAGAGGUAAGGGAAAUGCCUCCUUUUGGUAGAGGGGAACUGGCUUCCCAAGUUCCUAAGGAAUACUGGCUUUGAUCUCAUGGCCAGAAAUGCUCCUGUUUUCCAGGUUGAGCUCUUUGGACUGUUUUAUGGAGUUUGGGUAUUGGUGUUUCUUUUGGAUCUGACAUCUCAGACUUUUGUUAAUGGAGUCAGUGAACUUUGAGGAUGUGGCUGUGAAGUUCACCAAGGAGGAGUGGGCUCUGCUGGAUCCAUCCCAGAAGAAGCUGUACAAAGAUGUGAUGCAGGAAACCUUGAGGAACCUGGCUGCUAUAGGAAACAAGUUGGAAAACCAGAAGGCUGUAAAUGAGUGUGAAAAUCUCUGGAGAAAACUAAGAAGCCAACUGGUAGAGAAAUUCUGUGAAUAUAAAGAAAGUCUUCAGAGUACAGAACUCUUCAGCUGUAUUCCAGAGCUUUCUGUGAACCUGAAAUCUUGUCCAGGACUUCCCACAUGUGAGAAGCAUGUGUGUGGAGAAGGGAGCAUUGGCCAGUCAUCUAUAGGUGCACCCCUAAAUCAUCAGGUAGGACCCAAACCUCAUGAAGACCAGGAAUAUGGACGGAAGUUGUAUAAACAUAAGGAGUUUGGGGGCAGAUCCCGUUCUCCUCUGUCCCUUCAGACACAUAAAAGUGCUCACACUGGAGAGGAACCUUCUAAAAAUAAGGACUACAAAGAAGACCUUCCUUGUUUCAGACCUGAUCAAAGCUAUGAACAACAUGACCAGGCAAAGAAGUCUUAUGUAUGUAAGCAAUGUGGGAAAUGCUUCUCAUAUCUCAGUUUCUUAAAAACACAUGAAAAGAUUCAUUGUGGUAAAAAUACCUAUGUGUGUGAACUGUGUGGGAAAGACUUUGUUAGGUUAGGUUGCCUUAUCAGACAUAAAAUAACUUACACUGUUGAGAAGUCAUUGGUAUGUAAUCGUGGUGUGAAGCCCUACACAUGUAAUCAGUGUAGAAAAAGUUUUUCUCGCUCUACUUCCCUUCGAAGACACACACGAAUCCACACUGGAGAGAAACCCUAUGUAUGUAAACUAUGCGGGAAAGCCUUCAUUACUUCUAGUAACCUUCAAGUACAUGAGCGAACUCACACUGGGGAAAAACCUUAUGUAUGUAAGGAGUGUGGGAAUGCCUUUAGGCUUUUGAUCCAAUUGCAAAAGCAUGAAGUAAUUCACAGUGGUGUGAAUCCCUUUAUUUGUAAGCAAUGUGGGAAAAGCUUUACUUCUUCUGGUUCUCUAAAAACACAUGAAAGAAUUCACACUGGGGAGAGGCCCUACGUAUGUGAGCACUGUGGGAAAACCUUUGGUUAUUCCAGUACUCUUAAAACACACGAAAGAAUUCAUACUGGAGAGAGACCAUAUGCAUGCAAGCAAUGUGGGAAAACCUUUCGUUAUGCUUUUUAUGUUCAAAGACAUGAACAAAUCCAUAAAAGAGAGAGGCCCUAUGAAUGUAAGCAAUGUGGGAAAGCCUUUCGUUAUGCUUUUUAUGUUCAAAUACAUGAACGAAUCCACAGCAGCAAGAGACCCUAUGAAUGUAAGAAGUGUGGGAAAGGCUUUAUAGCUUCUAAUCAACUGGAAAUACAUGAAAGAACUCACACUGGAGAGAGACCUUAUGUUUGUAAGCAGUGUGGAAAAGGCUUCUUGACAUCAUACCGUCUGGGAAGACAUGCACUGAUUCAUAGUAGAACAAAUAAAGAUGUUUGUAAAUAACAAGAGAAAGUCUUCUUUUGGUUAGCUCUUACAGAAAUCUAACUACAGGAGAGGGAAAGUUCAUGCUGAAAAUGUGGGAAAAUGUCAUAGUAGAGAGAUAAGGUUUUUGUUUGUUUGUUUUUUGAGACAGAGUUUUGCAAUGUAGUCCUGGCUGUCCUGGAACUCACUCUGUAGACCAGGCUGGCCUUGAACUCACAGAGAUCCACCUGCCUCUGCCUCUCGAUAGUGCUGGGAUUAAAGGCGCACACCACCGCUGCCAGGCUUGAAAAGCUAUUUUUUUUAAUGGAUGUGGCGUUUAGUACUAGUAGUUGCCUUCAAAUACAUGGGAGCAGACACAUUGGAGAAAGGCUACAAGCAAUGAGAGAAAGUCGUCUGCAUUCUUCUCAUUGUGAAGAAGAUGUGAAAUAGCUUACACUGGAGAGAAACCUUGUGCACGCAAUGUAGACAGCCUUUGUUUCUCUCAGGACCCCAGCAGACAAUGAAGUUAAUAUUUGGGAGAGAAAUCUUUCACACAUGAGAAAUCUCCCAGAUUUUUCAAUUAUCCCAGGUUCUUUUACAGAUAUGAAUAUAGUUCAGGUUAGUUCUAAAAUAUAGAAUUUGUGAAGUCUUCAUUACCACUUUCAUAGCAUUUAGAAGAAUGAAUCUCAAGAACUCAUCUUUGGAAAACAUGUGGGAACAUUUUUUGGUUCAACUCAAAAAUUGAGAAGCAACUGGGCUAUGGUGAUGCAUGCCUCUAUCCCAGUACUCAGGAGGCAGAGCCAGGUGGAUCUCUGUGAGUUUGAGGCCAGCCUGGGCUACCAAGUGAGUUCUAGGAAAGGUGCAAAGCUACACAGAGAAACCCUGUCUCGAAAAAAAAAAAAAAAAGAAAUUGAGAAAUAGUAAGGUUGGGGAAACAAGCAAGUUUGAUUAAAAGAGACAAUUGUGGUCAGGCGGUGGUAACAUUGGUCUUUAAUCCCAGCACUCAGGAGGCAGAGGCAGGCAGAUCUCCAGGACAGCCAUGGCUAUGCAGAGAAAUCCUGGCUUGAAAAACCAAAAAAAAAAAAAAAAAAAAAAAAAAAAAAAAAAAAAAAAAAGAGAGAGAGAGAGAGAAAGAAAGAGAGACAAUUGGUUUUUAUUGGCACACAUGUUCAAACAGUCCAGAUCUAAUUUUCUGCUAUAAAAAUAACAAAAAGCAGUAAUGUAUCAAGUGUGAAAGCAAAUACUGGAGAAGUCCCUUGGGUAUUCCUGUCUCAUUCUGAUAAAUGCCAGCAAUAUGAAGGACUGGAUACUGGUUUUGGGGGGGGGGGGGAGUUUCUUGGUUUGCAUUAUCCAGAAAAUACAUAUUGUGAAUGAAAUGUCAUAUUUUGCUAUUCCAAGUUGACCCUGAAUUGGUAAUCUGCUGGCGUUAGCUUUCUCGAUGUUUCCAUGUAUGGUGUCUGCCUCCACAAACAGCAAUAGCAGUUCAUUUUUAAAGGUCCAUGUCUGGGGUCCAGAUUUCUAAUUUUUAUUGUAAAAAGUUAGCACUAAUCCACGAAGGUGAAGUGGAAGAAGGAUCCCUUACUCCCAGGAGGUGAAACCUUCAUCUCAAAAUAAAAUCAUGAGAAUAAAGAAAAGUAUAAUGAAAUAAUUUUGUCAAGUGUGUUGCAGAACUAGUGUGUAAGUUUAAUGAAUGGUGUAUUUUUUUACAUGAGUUAGUUUUUAUCUUUCAUUUGAUUUUGUGUUUUAUUUAGCAGUCCAUUGAUAUUUUAAUAUAAAAAUAUUCAUUAAUAGUAUUUUGUUAUGCCGGGCAUUGAUGGCACACACCUUUAACCCCAAGCACUUGGGAGGCAGAGGCAGGUGAACCUCU